UCACCAAUGACAACGUUUUCUAGGCUGAUCCAAUGUUGAUUAUCCUUUUUUGUCAUGGGGUACACUAUGGAUUUAUAGGAUAAUAGCUUACAAAUUAAUAGGCUACAUAGCUUACAAAUUCCAGUCUAAUUUGUAUAGUAAAUGGAAAGAUAUCAUUUUUACUUGAAAUUGAAUUUAUCAGACAUGGAAAAAAGUUUUGAAGUGUACUGGAAAAGAAACAUUUUAACAGUAGAUAUUAUAUUGCAUUACAUCUGUUAUAUUAUUCUUCUUAUAUGUGGUAAAAUACAUAUAUGUCUACAUUAGGCGAGUUCUAUCUUAUCUUGAUAAAUAAAGGUGCCAGAUGUUAAAUAAAUAAACAAAUAAAUACGUGUGUAUAAAAGACUAUAAUAGAAAUUAAAUCUGUAUAUGUGAACAUGGAAAUAACAAUUAUUUAAAAUUCGAAACGUGACACGAAGCAUAAACAUAAAAGAAAAUUUGAUUUGUGUUCUGAAGUGUGAAUGCUAUUGUAUAGAAAUUUCAGACAUUAUAUAUGUCGAUUUGCGUUAUCGUUUGACUAACAUGUUAAUGCAAUGUAUGAUUUUGUAAACAAUCAUGGCCGAUAUCAAUAAUAAGAUAAAAUAUGAAAAAGGAUAAAACUAAAAAAAAAAAAAAUGUGCAUAUAUGUAUAUAGACAAAACUGUCCUUAACAGGACAGUCACAGUCUGCCCCUAUUUAAAUCCCUUCAAACUCAAAGGACCCAAUUCAAGAGAAAUGAAUUCCUCCGACGUCAACUUCUCCCUACUCCAAAACCAACCAAAUGUUCCAGCUGAAUUCUUCUGGCCGGAAAAAGACGUUGCCCCUUCAGAAGGCGACCUCGACCUCCCAAUCAUCGACUUGAGUGGGUUCUUGAAUGGCAAUGAGGCCGAGACGCAACUUGCAGCUAAGGCAGUGAGAGAAGCGUGCAUGGCUCAUGGUACGUUUCUAGUGGUCAAUCAUGGCUUCAAGUCAGGCUUAGCUGAAAAGGCGCUUGAGAUAUCGAGUUUGUUCUUUGGGCUAUCCAAGGAUGAGAAGCUAAAGGCUUAUAGGAUCCCGGGGAAUAUCUCUGGCUAUACUGCGGGUCAUAGCCAGAGAUUCUCCUCCAAUCUUCCAUGGAAUGAGACUUUGACUUUGGCAUUCAAAAAAGGGCCACCCCAUGUUGUUGAGGAAUUCCUAACCUCAAGGCUAGGCAACCAUCGUCAAGAGAUCGGUCAAGUGUUCCAAGAAUUUUGUGAUGCAAUGAACGGAUUGAUUAUGGAUUUGAUGAAGCUACUAGGAAUAAGUAUGGGUUUAAAAGACAGGACAUACUACCGGAGAUUCUUCGAAGAUGGAAGUGGCAUCUUUAGAUGCAACUAUUAUCCGCCGUGCAAGCAGCCAGAGAAAGCCCUUGGUGUUGGUCCCCAUAAUGACCCAACGGCUAUAACCGUUUUGCUUCAAGACGAUGUUGUGGGCUUAGAGGUCUUUGCUGGAGAUAGGUGGCAGACCGUGCGGCCUCGUCCUGGUGCUCUUGUCGUCAACGUUGGAGACACCUUCAUGGCAUUGUCAAAUGGAAACUACAAGAGUUGUUACCAUAGGGCAGUGGUAAACAAGGAGAAAGUGAGAAGGUCACUAGUGUUCUUCUCUUGUCCUAGAGAAGACAAGACCAUCGUACCUCCUCCUGAACUUGUUGAAGGCAAAGAAGCUUCUAGACAGUACCCUGACUUUACUUGGGCUCAGCUUCAGAAAUUUACCCAGUCUGGCUAUCGAGUCGAUAACACCACUCUCCAUAACUUCUCUUCGUGGCUCGUCUCUAACUCCGACAAGAAAUCAACUUGAUUUCAGCUUUCUCUCUUCAUAUUUCCCG